CGUUCCACGCCUCUGACCUGUGGUCGUGACAACGACAACAACGCUAUAGUGAAAGGUGAAAACAAUAUCUGAAUGAAACAAAACAAUCAUUUUAUGAAUGAAUUUUGGACGAUCGGGUGAAAACAAAAGACAUUCAAUAAAGUACAAGUCUUGAGCGGUCUUGGGAAGGCGCCAUGAGCGAUAGAACAGCUCCAAAAUCGCAGUUGCGUUUAGAAUGGGUGUACGGUUACCGUGGACAUCAGUGUAGGAAUAACUUGUAUUUUACAUCGUCAAAAGAGGUCGUUUAUUUCGUCGCUGGAGUUGGGGUCGUUUACAACGUUAAGGAAAAUUCCCAGCGCUUCUUUCUUGGGCAUAACGAUGAUAUAAUCAGCUUGGCUCUGCAUCCAGAAAAGCAGUUAGUUGCAACAGGCCAGGUUGGAAAAGAUCCAUACAUCUGUGUUUGGGACACCAAAAAUUGUCAAACCGUAUCGAUUUUAAAAGAUGGCCAUCAAAGAGGUGUUGCAAGUGUGGCAUUCAAUACGGCCGGCACUCAUUUGGCCUCUGUUGGCCUGGAGGAUUAUUACCUGAUCUGCAUUUGGGAUUGGAAGCGAGGUCGUUUGUUAGCAUCAGCAAACGGACAUUCAGAUAGGAUUUUUGAUCUUUGCUUUAAUCCAAAUGUUGACAAUCAGUUGGUUUCAUGUGGGGUGAAGCAUAUCAAAUUUUGGAAAUGGCAAGGGAAUUUGUUGAACCCACAGAAAGGAGUAUUUGGAAAAGGUGGUGAAAUUCAAACAAUGCUGUGUCUGGCAUUUGGCUCAAACGGAAUCACUUAUGCAGGGACACUGGGCGGAGAUAUUUAUAAAUGGGAGAAAAAUAACUUGACUGGAACUAUCCAAGGACAUGAGGGAGCUGUCUUCACCAUUCACAACUCUGAAGAUGGUUUUGCCAGUGGUUCAAAAGACGGCAGUGUGAUUCUAUGGGAUGGUAAUUUUAAGCCAAUAACAAAAAUCGAUCUUCUCAACAGCGUUAUCGGCUAUAAAGGAUUGUCUGUACGCAGCGUUUGCUGGACGGCUGAUAAAAUCCUGGUUGGUACAAACAGCAGCGAAAUAUACGAGGUUCUUGCUUCGAACAAAGAAUCUCCCAGGACUUUAGUUCAGGGUCAUGCUGAAGGCGAGCUUUGGGCCCUUGCUGUUCACCCAAAAAAGGCUAUGUUUGCCACAGGAAGUGAUGACCAUAGUAUACGAUUAUGGAGUCUUUCAGACAGAAAUCUGUUGGCAAGAGUUGAUUUGGAACAAAAGAUACGAUCUCUUGCAUUUCACCCUGACGGCAGCCAGAUAGCAGCUGGUUUAUCGGAUGGUUCGUUCAUGGUUCUAAAAUCAAGGGAUCUUUCUGAAGUUCUUCAAAGCAAAGAUCGUACGGAAGUCAUUCACGAACUAAAGUACUCACCAGACGGCGCAUAUUUGGCCGUCGGAUCAAACGACAAUUUUGUUGAUAUCUACGCAACUUCUCAACGCUACAAAAAAGUCGGCGAAUGCAAAGGCAGUUCAAGUUUUAUCACUCAUUUAGAUUGGUCGGAUGAUAGUAAAUAUAUACAAACUAAUUCUGGGGCUGGGGAAAGAUUGUUCUACAAGAUACCAGCUGGCAAGCGGGUGACAAACAAGGAAGAAAUCAAAGCCAUCAGUUGGUCGACGUGGACGGGGGUACUGGGCACUGAAGUGAACGGGAUUUGGGAGAAAUAUACCGACACAAAUGAUAUCAACGCCACCGACACGUCGUUUCCUAGCAACACUCUUGUUUCCGGCGAUGAUUUCGGUUUAGUGAAAUUAUUUCGUUUUCCUUGCGUCAAGAAAGGCGCUCACUUCAGGAAAUAUGUUGGUCAUUCAGCACACGUCACCAACGUUAGGUUCAAUCACGAUCACACUAAGGUCAUUACCACGGGCGGCGCCGAUCAGUCGAUAUUUCAGUGGCGAUUUAAUCCCGAUGGCUUCCGAGACGGCGCCGAGAGUCUCUCCGAAGCUGCUACGGGUUAUGUGGAUUCUGAUGAUGGCUUGAGUGAUUCGGACGCGUCUGAUGCUGGCGAGUUGGAUAGUGACGUUGAAAACGAAGCACAAGUGAACUACGACAGGACUUUGUAUAAAGAAGAUCUUCCAGCAAUAAAAAGAAAACUAAAGUCUCAAGCGAAAGAGGAACAAUACAAAGUACCGAGAAGUGCCCAGAAGAAACCGCCCAACCAGGGACUGCAGUUGGAGUUUGUUCAUGGUUAUCGUGGUUAUGAUUGUCAUAACAAUCUUUUCUACUUGCAAAAUGGCGAGAUUGUUUAUCACGUGGCUGCAGUGGGCAUCGUGUAUAAUCGCGACAGACAUUCUCAGAAGUUUUAUCUUGGUCAUACUGACGAUAUCCUAUGUUUGGCAAUUCACCCGGUCAAGGAUGUCGUGGCUACAGGACAGGUUGGACGGGAUCCGUGUAUUCAUAUUUGGGAUGCAGAAAAGUUGGAGUGUUUAUCGAUCCUAAAAGGUCAACAUCAGAGAGGUGUUUGUGCUGUUGAUUUCUCAGGCGAUGGUAAAAAAAUCGCCAGUGUGGGUUUGGAUAAUGAACAUUCUAUUGUGGUUUGGGAUUGGAGGAGAGGAGACAAACUCGCUACAACAAGAGGUCACAAAGAGAAGAUAUUUGUGAUUAAGUGGAACCCAUUCUCCUCGGACCAGUUGGUAACGGUCGGUAUAAAACAUAUAAAGUUCUGGACUCAGACCGGUGGCGGAUUCACUUCGAAACGUGGAAUAUUUGGUAAUGUUGCAAAACAAGACACGAUGCUUUGUGUAACGUACGGAAAGACAGCCGAGGUAGUGUAUUCUGGUGGAACGAGUGGCAAAGUGUUUGUUUGGGAAGGAAAUACUUUGAAAGAAACGGUUGAAGCUCAUCAAGGAACGGUUAUGGCGAUGCAGACGCUGGAGAAGGGUUUUGUGACCGGUGGAAAAGACGGCGUUGUUGGUCUCUGGGAUCAAUCUUUUGGUCGUUGUCUCAAAACGUACAAGAUCACGCGAAAUAGCCUUCGUUCAGGCAUUUCUUCCUGUUCAUUGCUGGCUGAUUCCCCGCCUGUGCGGGCGAUAUCUCUGGGUCAAGGAAAGAUCCUCGUGGGGACCACGAACAGUGAGAUUCUUGAGAUCGACAAAACUGGACCAAUAACAGUUCUCAUUCAGGGUCACAGAGAAGGGGAGGUAUGGGGCCUAGCUACUCAUCCUUCAGAGAAAGUUUGUGCGACCGCGAGUGACGAUAAGACACUGAGGGUAUGGGAUCUAGAGAAUAAUCGCGUCAGCAACGGUCGUAUUUUGAAACAUCCAGCAAGAUCGCUCAGUUAUUCACCCGACGGAAAAGCCAUCGCGGUUGGUUUGAAAAAUGGAAGUUUCGUCGUUGUCGAUUCCUCGACCCUCGAGGAUAUCAUCGAGUUUCAACAUCGCAAAGAGGAGAUAUCCGACAUUAAAUUCUCGCCUGGCCAAGGAAAAUAUUUGGCGGUCGCCUCUCACGAUAAUUUUGUCGACAUUUAUAACGUCAUGAGCGGAAAGCGAGUCGGAGUUGGCAAAGGAAGUUCCAGUUACGUCACUCAUAUCGAUUGGGACAGUAGAGGUAAACUGAUCCAGUCUAAUUCUGGCGCAAAAGAACACCUGUUUUUCGAAGCACCUCGAGGCGAACGACACGCCAUUGUUUUGAAAGAACUAGAGAAACUGGAGUGGUCAACAUGGACUGGAGUCUUGGGGCGGGAAGUGGAGGGAAUCUGGCCCCAGUACUCCGAUAUCACGGACGUGAACGCAACGUGCACUACCAGCGAUAAAAAUCUCAUCGCGACUGGCGAUGAUUUUGGAUACGUGAAGAUUUUUCAGUUUCCCGUUAAGGGUAAGAACGCGAAGCACAAGAAAUAUAACGGGCAUUCUGCGCAUGUCACGAACGUCCGCUGGACAUACGACGACGGGCACUUGGUCUCAACGGGGGGUGAUGAUACCUCGCUGAUGGUUUGGCGACGAAAUCGUCCUAACCAACGACGACAUUAUGCAGGCGACAGUGAUAAUUCAGACACAGACAGCGAAGAGGAGGGUGGUUUUGACAGCGAUGUUGAAGUGGAGAAGAACAGAACUUACGAAGAUAAGAUUUAUGCGAAUCCCAUGAGGAAGACCACUGGAACGAAACCGCAUUUGAAGGAGGAGAAGACGGCGGAAAAGGCCGUAUUCAGUCGUGGCUCAAAGCUGCCGCCAAAAGUGCGCCAACCCGCAAAGGAUUCUGGCGACAGACGUAAACGAAUCAAGAACGUGCAGGAUCUGACGCUGGAACACGUUCAUGGCUACCGGGGUUUCGAUACCCGGAAUAAUGUACACAACCUUGGUGAUGCAGAUAUCGUAUACCAUACGGCCGCGUUGGGGAUUGUUCAUAACCUCAAAGACGGAACGCAGUCGUUUUAUCUGGAGCAUACUGACGAUAUCGUCUGUCUCUCUGUCAAUAGACACCCGAAGUUCAAGAAUGUCGUUGCAAGUGGGCAGAUUGGGAACGAGCCGACCGUACACGUUUGGAACAGCGAAUCGAAAGAGACCUUGUCCAUUCUUCAGACAUCUCAUUCUGUGGGUGUUUGCAGUGUGAACUUCAGUUGUAGUGGGAAGUUGUUGCUGACGGUAGGACUGGACGACCAUCACACUGUUACCAUUUGGAGGUGGGCCGAAGGCUUGAAACUUGCCAGUGCAACAGGGCACACUCGAAGGAUAUUCGUUGCGGAGUUUCGGCCAGAUUCUGAUUCAAAGUUCGUGACCUGUGGCGAGAAGCAUGUCGCGUUCUGGACCCUAGCUGGGGGACAGUUGGUUGGUAAGAGGGGUGUUUUGAAACAACCUGAGGGAGACAAUGAGGAAACUACCUUGAAAAUGCAAACAAUGCUAUCAGUCGCUUUUGGAGCAGAUGACGUAACAUUUACCGGUUCAAUGAGCGGUGAUGUUUACGUUUGGCAACAUCAUCAAAUGCUCCGCUUGGUCCAGAAAGCUCACAAUGGUCCAGUGUUCACCCUGUUUACCACUCUCACUGAUGGACUUAUUGUCUCUGGGGGGAAAGAAAAAGGAAAUUUAAAAGAUGGCGGUUCAGUAAAACUGUGGGAUCAGGAGAUGAAGAGAUGUCGCUCGUUCAACCUCGGAAGUGGAUCGGCAGUUGACGUCGUGAAAUCUGUUUGUAGGCAGAAGGGAAAUAUUUUGGUGGGAACAAAGUCUGGAGAUAUUUAUGAAAUCACUGAAAAGUCAUCGUCUUCCCAGGUGGUCGUGAAUAGUCACACGGAGGGGGAAAUCUGGGGUUUGUGUGUUCACCCGGAAAAAGAUGUUUUUGUCACAGGCAGCGACGACAAGACGGUUAGAUUGUGGGAUCUAACCAAGAAGGUUCUGAUCAACGUGGUCUCGUUCGAGGUUGGAGUAAGGUCUGUGUGUAUUUCACCUGAUGGAGAACUGGUUGCCGCAGGAUGUAAGAAUGGAGAGUUCAUCAUUUUGAAUAUUUCCAAUCUAAAAACCGUUGCUAAGAAACGAGAUCGCAAGCAAGCAGUGCAGGAUAUAAGGUUUAGUCCAGACGGCCGCUAUCUUGCCGUGGGCUCAGAUGACAAUGCUGUUGACUUCUAUGAAGUAAUCACUGGCCGGCCGCUGACCAGGGUUGGAUAUUGCAAGAAUAUUCCAAGUUUUGUUACGCAGAUUGAUUUCUCUGCUGACGGGAAGCAUGUGCAGGUAUCGACUGGCUCGUAUGAAAAACUUGUAUUCACCGUUCCCAAAGGAGUACCUGUGACGUCGCCACAGGAGAUAGAUCAAAUCACGUGGGCAUCGUGGACAAGUGUGUUGGGCAAGGAGGUCGUUGGUGUCUGGCCGCGUAACGCUGAUAAAGCCGACGUGAACUGCUCCAAUCUUUCCCAUUCUGGCAACGCAAUAGCGACUGGAGAUGAUUUCGGUUUUGUCAAAUUAUUUGAAUUCCCAGUGACCGAGAAAUUUGCUCCAUGUAAACGAUAUGUGGGUCACUCGGCUCAUGUGACCAAUGUCCGAUUUAGUCACGAUGAUAGAUACUUACUGAGUACUGGUGGGGAUGACUGUAGCGUUUUUGUCUGGAAAUGUCUGUAGAAAAGAUGUGAAGAUCAAACGCUUUUUGUUCGUGUAAAUUUAGGGAGGAUUUUAACUUAUAUUUUAUCUUUAUAUUGAAGUAUAAAAGUAAUUUAUUGCAAUAGACAUAUAUAUUUAAUA